GCGUCGCGGAAGGAAGCGGAAGUGACGACAGAAGCGGCGGGCGGAGACACGAGAUGGCGGCUAUGUUGCUGGCGGCGACGCGGCUAUUGCGAGGCUCGGGCUCCUGGCGCCGCUCGCGUCCGAGCCCCGGAGCCCCCGCGCACAGACCGUUCAGCAGCGGCGGUGCCUGCCCCGACAUCCCGCUCUCUUCUCCCUUACCUGGAGUACCAAAGCCCGUCUUCGCUGCAGUUGAUGGACAGGAAAAGUUUGAAACCAAAGUCACCACACUGGACAAUGGGCUUCGCGUGGCAUCCCAAAAUAAGUUUGGGCAGUUUUGUACGGUGGGAAUUCUUAUUAAUUCAGGAUCAAGAUAUGAAGCAAAAUAUCUUAGUGGAAUUGCUCACUUUCUGGAAAAAUUGGCAUUUUCGUCUACUGAUCGAUUUGACAGCAAGGAUGAGAUUCUGCUUACCUUGGAAAAGCAUGGGGGUAUCUGUGACUGCCAGACGUCAAGAGACACCACCAUGUAUGCUGUGUCUGCUGACUCUAAAGGCCUGGACACAGUGGUCAGCUUGCUGGCUGACGUGGUCCUGCACCCCAGGCUGACAGAUGAGGAGCUUGAGAUGGCGCGAAUGGCUGUUCGGUUUGAGCUGGAGGACCUCGGUAUGCGGCCGGACCCAGAGCCGCUUCUCACGGAGAUGGUUCACGAGGCUGCUUACAGGGAGAACACGGUUGGCCUUCACCGCUUCUGCCCCGCAGAAAAUGUCGCAAAGAUCGACCGGGAGGUGCUCCACUCCUAUCUGAGGAACUACUACACCCCUGAUCGCAUGGUCCUGGCCGGGGUGGGCGUGGAGCACGCACACCUGGUGGAAUGUGCCAGAAGGCACCUCCUGGGAGCCCGGCCGGCCUGGGGAAGCGAGGGGGUUGCAGACAUUGAUAGAUCCGUGGCACAGUACACUGGGGGCGCCGUCAAGCUAGAAAAAGACAUGUCCAACGUCAGCCUGGGCCCAGCACCGUUCCCCGAGCUCACACACAUCAUGAUAGGACUGGAGAGCUGUUCUUUCUUGGAGGAAGACUUCAUCCCCUUUGCCGUGCUGAACAUGAUGAUGGGAGGUGGGGGCUCCUUCUCGGCCGGUGGGCCCGGCAAGGGCAUGUUUACCAGGCUAUACCUCAACGUGCUCAACAGGCACCACUGGAUGUACAAUGCGACCUCCUACCACCAUAGCUACGAGGACACAGGCCUCCUGUGUAUCCACGCCAGUGCUGACCCAAGACAGGUUCGAGAAAUGGUAGAAAUCAUCACAAAGGAAUUCAUUUUAAUGGCUGGAACCGUGGAUGGGGUGGAGUUGGAGCGAGCCAAGACGCAGCUGAUGUCCAUGCUCAUGAUGAACCUGGAGUCCAGGCCCGUGAUUUUCGAGGACGUAGGGAGGCAGGUGCUGGCCACCCGCUCCAGAAAGCUGCCCCACGAGCUGUGCGCGCUCAUCCGUAAUGUGAGGCCAGAAGACAUCAAAAGAGUUGCUUCCAAAAUGCUGCGCAGAAAGCCUGCGGUGGCUGCCCUGGGCGAUCUGACUGACCUGCCGACUUACGAGCACAUCCAGGCCGCGCUGUUGAGCAAAGACGGGCGCCUCCCCCGGAUGUACCGGCUCUUCCGGUAGAGGCCCCCCAAGAUCCCACACAGAACAAGGGCUACAGAGAGCAGAACAUUUUAUACACGUCUUUGGAUGCGAAUUUAGUGCAAACUGUGGGAGCCUUCCCUUAACCGUGGACAGGGUCAGGCCACCCGAGCACAGCUCUUUUCCGAUCCUCCAGAAUUGAAUGUGCCGAUAAAAGUCCACCUUCGCCUCUGCAGCGGGACACAAGGUUUGAGGCACCAAGGGCAGCAAGCUUUGCUGCCAUAACCAGGCUUGCAUCUGGCCUCCCAGGAGUCUCAGCAGCGGGUGUCCCGCCAGUGUCCUGAGACUUGCUGUCCUCAAGAAGGGAAGCACCAAACCGCCCCAUCAGAGGCCGGGGCGCCUGUGACCUCUCGAAGUGCACAGCCCGCAUAGAGGAGCAUGGCCACGCCCGACUGGGGUGCCACCACUCCACUAGGAGGUGGGACAUGUUUCUUUCCUUGGUGCUGUCCUUCACCUUGAAGGGUUAGUUCGGGCUGGUCUGAGCAGCAGCCUUAGGGGAGCUUGGAAGUGGGGGUUUCAUCUAAUUGAAGGUUGAUGGCUGCAGCAGAGCCUGUGAACAGCUAAGAGGCAGGCAGAUGGAGGUGCUCUAGGGUCCACAGGUGUGUGGACAGCUCAAGAGAGCCAAGGGCAGUGACUCGGGGUAGAAGAUAGUUGGCUUCAUGGUUCUCAAACUUAAACACCGAUAGGGCCCGGAGUGCAGGGUGGGACAGCCUCAGGGAGUGGCUGCCGCAUCGCAGUGCAGUUGGGAGCGCUGUGCUGGGUGGCCCAGCCUCCACAGUGCAGAUGGGAAAGGGCGGGAUGUUUUAAGGAAGCCUAAAUAAACAUUUUAAAGUUA